AUGGGUGUCAAUUGGAUCCUCCUCAUCUCACGGCAAGGCAAAGUUCGUCUGGCCAAAUGGUUCACCACUCUCAAUCCAAAGACCAAAGCCAAGAUUGUCAAAGACGUCACCCAGCUCGUCCUCGCUCGCCGUACCCGCAUGUGCAACUUUCUAGAAUACAAGGACUCAAAAGUCGUAUAUAGGAGGUACGCUUCGCUCUUCUUUGUUACAGGGAUAGCACAGGAUGAUAAUGAGCUGGUGACGCUGGAGAUCAUUCAUAGAUAUGUAGAGAUAUUGGACCGCUACUUUGGAAAUGUCUGCGAGCUCGACCUCAUCUUCAACUUCCAAAAAGCCUACGCUAUUCUCGACGAGCUCAUCAUAUCCGGCGAAAUGCAAGAAUCAUCGAAAAAAUCGGUGCUCAGGGUAGUAAGCCAAAGCGACGCGAUUGAGGACCAGGAGCACUCUGAGGAUGGAUUGGCGAGGAUCGGUAGUAGGAGUGGGUGA